GCGAAGGAUCGCUUACCUGAGCGGAGAGACGCUGAUUUUCCCAGACGUUCAAAGACAAGACGAUGUUUAUUUGUAUAAACAAAAAACACUGUUAUGUUUUAGAAUGUUUGAGAUAAGUACAAAUUCUCUACAGGUUUUUACUUUUUUUAAGGUAGCACAGAAUGUAUCUUUACACAUAAAUACGUUUAUAUGAGUGUGUUUUGGCCGUAUUUGGGGCGUCCCGAAAAUCAGACACCUUCCGCUAAGGUAUGUGGGCUAAGUGUACGCUGUACAGCCUUCUAUCAUCACUACACCCAAAAAUGCAAAAUGCUUUCGCGCCAAAAUAAGCUGCUGUCCUCUAAUUCUAUAAAUAAUAUACCCAGAAUUCUGCCUCUAUAUAAAGCGCAAUCAUUCACAACAUCAUCCGCAAUGACAUCACGAGACAUCCCGAUAACUUUACCCAACGGGCUGUCUAGAGACCGUCUCGAUGCCUUCAAACCCUUUACAAACUGGAUGAAGAAAAUGGAAACUUCUUUUUCGCUACAGUCCAAUCCAUCCCAUCCCUUCCACGCUGAUCCGUAUACCGUAUCCAACGCCGCCGGCGAGACAUUACCUGCUGGUGCAUUUCUUCGUGGUCCAAGCGUCGCUAUGCUUGUCAUGCUGGUACCAGAAGAUGCGGUCGACGAGAGUGAGCGGUAUGUUGUCUUGACGGUCCAGGCGCGCAUCCCCGCGGGUAGCCUCGCGUUUGUUGAGCUGCCGGCCGGUAUGGUGGACGAUGAGGGCGACUUUCAAGGCAUCGCGGCAAAGGAGAUUGAACAGGAGCUUGGUUUGACUAUUAAUGCGGCAGAAUUGACGUGUUUGAGUGAGCUCGCUGCCCCUGCGGAUGGCGGUGCGGAAGACUUGCCUAGGGCCAUGUUUCCCUCGGCAGGUGGCUGCGACGAGCACAUCACCAUCUUUAGCUACGAGAAGAAGGUGCCGAGAGAUACACUGGCAAGUUGGACUGGGAAAUUGACGGGUUUGCGUGAGUCUGGAGAGAAGAUUACGCUGAAGCUCGUCAAGAUGCAGGAUCUAUGGCGAGAAGGGGCCCGAGAUGCAAAGUGUCUGUCGGCGCUGGCCUUGUGGGAAGGCCUCCGGAGAGAGGGAAGGAUAUGAAUCGUUAUUAUUAUCCGUAAUGAUAUCAUACAUAUACAUGUUCUCCCUAGUUGAUCAAUUUACCCCUCCAUAUUGGGAUCAUCAUACUGUAGCCGAUAACAGUUAAACAUCCCUCGAUAAAAUGGUCCACCCUCAUAUUCAACGGUAGCUUUGAUUGUGGUAUUUUGAAACGCAGAGAUGAUACGGGGCCGAAUUGCAUCAGCUAGCGCCUGUAUUGCCUCCAUCUGCUCUUCCUCACUGACCGCGUCCAGGUACUGUUCCUCUUCCAACGAAGGAUACCACAUUCUGAAGCAGUCGUAUAUCACCAGAAUUCUUAGUCGUGUCAGAGACAUAUCUGUCAGGCGGCUACUUGUGAGCUCGCCGAGAUGUACGACAUCAUUAAUCGCCCGAUAUUUGUCAUGCAUCCGCAAAGUAAAAGAGUAGACCGAGGGUGGUAAGAGCUCUACUAGGCAGUGGGGUGGUGCAGCAGUGCCUAACCAGUGAUGACAAAAUACCUGCUCGUCAAGGUCGAGAACAGUAAGGCGUGUAAAGGCAUGAAGCUCAUCCGUCAGAAGCGACGACUGAGCUAAAUUGGGAAUCAUAGAAUGGCCACAGAAUAAUACAAGCCUUUCAAGCGUUGCUGCUACCGGGCUCAGCGUGUUAAUUGCUUGCUUGGGAUAAAAUAGGAGGGAUCCCUCUUCUUUCCACAGGCCGGGGUCUUCGUGUGAGAAGGACACCUUUUGCAGCGAUGUGCACUUCUUCAAAAAGUUGCGAAUGGCGGUAUAUGGUAUCUUAUCACCAGCAGCUGUUUGAGAUAGAGUAUAUCCGAUUCGUUGAUGUAAUUGCGUUCCCAGCUUCUCGACCAAUGCAGCUUUGUGGUCGGCAAAUACGCGGACAUGCUGAGCAAGAUGGGCGUAUCUUCUCAUAUGCCGAAUGAACUGCCCGUGCCUACGAGUGUACGGGCAAUGGAAGUACAUAGGUUGCGCAAUGUCCUUUACAGCGCGGCACG